ACCUACUCUGAUGUCUUGAAACACAGGAAGUGGUUCUAAAUUGCAACAGCUAAAAAAAGGAAGUUGGAUAUUUGGUGCAUUGCACUUGAGCUGAAAUUCAUACACUGAAGUAUUUCCACAGUAAAACCAAAGGCUCUCUGUCUGACGUGGACACGUCUGGUGACGAAUGUGUUUGCAGUGCUGUGUGUGAAUAUGGUGACAGCCAGCAUCAUCCUGAGUGUCCUCUUUGUUUCAGGUGUUUUGGCUGCUUGUCCUGAAGUAUCACACCUCUUCAUUACUGCACCGCAGGAGAUAGAAGGACUGAGUGGAUCCUGUUUGCAAAUCCCAUGUAACUUUAGCGCUAGACCAAACCAAGAGUUUAACACUAUGAAAAACUUUGGCGUGUGGAUUAAAACUGACCCAGACACUGGCAAGCAUCCAGACAAUGUGAUUUUCAAUAGCAGUGGGACAGUUAACACUCAUCGAAUUAAUAUUACUGGAAACCUGAGUGAGAAAAGCUGCACCACUCUGUUUUCCAGCUUACUGCUAAGUUACACAGACAAAUAUUACUUCAGGAUGCAGAACCGUGAAUUCCGGGCAACAGCUGUUUGUAAUCCUCUUCAAAUAACAGUUAAAGAUUCUCCUGCCAGCCCCAGAAUUGAGAUCUCAGGUGAUCUGAAGGAACAGCAGUUGGUCACUAUUACCUGCUCGGCUUUCACUCCCUGUCCUCACUCCCCUCCUGAACUCACCUGGAAUCUGCAACAAGACUCUCUCAAUGAAAAAGAGCAAAACAAAGAUGGAACCUUUACAACUAAAAUCAAGAAGAGCAUCACUCUGUCAGACCAACAUGAUGGAUUCAACAUCACCUGUUCUGCUGCAUAUCCUGUGAAUGAAGGCAAAGAUGUCAAGACAAAGGAGGAGAGAAAGACUCUCAGUGUUUCAUAUGCUCCUAAAAACACCGCAGUGUCUGUCAGUGUAUCAGGUAGCUGGGUGAACCUGACCUGCAACAGCAGAGCCAAGCCUCCCGUCAGCAGCUUCACCUGGUUCAGGGACACCAUUAAUGUAGCUGCUGGACAGUUUUACAGCUUGAAAGGGACCGAUGGAGGAAUUUAUCACUGUGUGGCCAAAAAUGAUCUUGGUCAACAAAAGUCAUCGGAGGUUAAUCUGAACAGUAACGUCACCAGUGUUGUUGGAGGAAUCAUUGGAAUCGUCCUGCUCAUCUGCCUGGUGGUCUGCGUUUUCAUUCUCCGACGUUUUAGGCGGUCAAAGUCGACAGAUUCAAGUCAACAAGAGAGUCAGACUCAAACAGGUGAAGAGCCAGUAAGAGAAAGACACGACGAGGAGGAACACAUCCAUUACGGAGAGAUCGACUUCUCCAAGCGGAGACCUGAAGCAUCCUCUUCCUCAGUGCAGGACAAUGGACAGCAGCAGGACACGCUGUAUGCACAGGUCAAAGUGUCCAAGACAGCAAACAGCUUAAGAGAGACUGCUGACGGCCCAGAGGAUCUCUAUGCUGAAGUGAAGAAAUAAUGAGACUUGCUUUGUUUGUGUCAAGACACAGAUUCAUAUUAAAUCUACCCUUAUUUUUAUCUAUAUGCUUUUUUUAUGCUAGUCAACAUAGAAACAGAUGCUGGAGCAUGCACAGGAGUGUGUCAUUUUCAUGGUCUGCAGCUCAGUGAGGGGAAACUCACAACAACCUCCUGCAGCUUCUUCAUGUCACUCAUCAGCAUGUUCACAUGUGUGUGCUGGCCCUCGCACACAGGAGCUGUUGCUAUGUGAUAUUUGAAUAUCUGAUACGUGCUAAUAAAAGCUGCAAAGCUCUAAAUAGGGAACAAGUCUAAUUUACGCCAGAAGCAUUUACACACACAUUAGCAAUGCAGUGCAUGCCAGAAUGAACCUCCUAGUAACAACUUAUAUAUUGUGUAUACCAUUUUUUCUUCAACAACUGAAGCCAUUGCUCCUGGAUUUAGACAUAUGUAUUCAUUGUGCUGCAAUAAAUGACCUUUUGAACCACCUUCUAAAAGUGCCAAUAAUCACAUUUCAACAUGAGCAGUAUUCAAUAAAUGUAUCCAGGGUAAAUUAUUUUUGCAUGUAAUAAAUAUAGGGUGGGUGUCUCUCUCUUUUUUUAAUUUGUUCUGAAUUAAAUCCCAGACACACUUCCAGUGAUUGUGCAUCUUGCAAAUAAUCACACUGUGGUACAAGCAAGCUAUCCUCAAUUUAAACCAAUCAAGCCAAGUAAGUCUCAUCUCAUUGCUCAUCAUUACGACUCUAAAUGUUCCAUUUAUUAAAGAUACUUUGUGCAAUCAGUAGAUCAGUUUAUUCUGUGGAGCCCGACACUUUAUUUGUUCUGUAGAAGGCCGUCAAAAGACCCUCACUUUUACUUCAAAGUUACAACAAAAUGAUAAGACUAUACUGUAUCGUUCAUGCCAGUUUCUGUAUUUGUAUCCUUCUUUGUAUGAUCUGUCUUUUUAUUUAUGCCAUCUUUCCAUGUUCCUUCUGAAGCAUAAAACAGAGUGAUUCUG